AUGGCACAGAAAGCGGCCAAAACCUUGGCUACUCGUAAUGGGGCACUACUCAACCGUACUCAUAUGAUCUCCGCCACACUGCAUGUUCUUUUCCUUGUCCUCCACCAGAUCUUCCAACGCCCUCGCUCGCUCAAACCUUACUUCUUGCUUGCUGUUCCUACUUUGUUGAUCGAAUACUAUUUGGAUCGCGUUGGACGCCCGAGCUACAACGAAGAUGGAUCCCUGCGCUCAGCUGGUGAAGAUCUCAAUGCCACCGGUUUGACAGAAUACAUGUGGGAUAUUCUGUACUGGACUCAAGGCUGCAUUGGUGCCGUAUGUAUCUUCAAUGACCGUGCUUGGUGGCUAUGGGCCAUUGUUCCCCUUUAUUCUGUCUACCUCGCUUAUACCACGGUAAUGGGCGUGAAGAAGGGAUUUGCAGGCAUGGGUGGCGGAGCUGGCGAUGGAGCCGGCGACAGCGAGGGAGCUAAAAGCAAGCGGGAGAUGAAAAAAGAGAAGAGAGGUGAUAGGGCAAAGAUUCGCCCUCGCUAG